AUGGCCGACUCGACCAACAGCAGCCUGGCUGAAACCUCGGCGGACUCCCUGCUGGCCGCCUACGAGCUGGACUACGAGGUUCCCGUGGACGAGAUCCCGGACACAACGCGGGGCCGCGCCUUCUUCGUGGCCACCAUCGUGAUCGCCGUGGUGCUGGUGGGCAUCAUGCUGGUGUGCGGCGUCGGGAACUGCCUGUUCAUCGUCAGCUUGGCCCGCUACAAGCAGCUCCGCAACCUCACCAGCCUGCUGAUCGCCAACCUGGCCGUGUCGGACAUCCUGGUGGCCGUGGUGUGCUGCCCCUUCCUGCUGGAUUACUACGUGGUGAAGCAGCUGUCCUGGGAUCACGGCCUGCUGCUCUGCGCCUCCACCAACUACCUGCGCACCGUCUCCCUCUACGUGUCCACCAACGCCCUGCUGGCCAUCGCCGUCGACCGGUACAUGGCCAUCCUUCACCCUCUGAGGCCUCGUAUGAAGCACCAGACGGCCUACUGUCUGAUCCUGACUGUCUGGAUCGUGCCCAUCAUCAUCUCCAUCCCCUCUGCCUACAUGGCCUCAGAGACCACGUACCCGCACGAGGCCAGACGGACCCACAAGACCUUCUGCGCCCAAAUCUGGCCGGUCGAUCAGCAGGUCUACUACCGCUCCUACUUCCUCUUUGUCUUUGCCCUGGAGUUCGUGGGCCCCGUGAUAGUCAUGGCCGUUUGCUACACCCAGAUUUCCAGAGAGCUGUGGUUUAAGAACGUGCCGGGUUUCCAGACGGAGCAGAUCCGGAAGAGGCUGCGGAGGCGUCGGAGGACAGUGGUGGUGUUGAUUCUGGUGCUGGUGGCCUACGUCCUCUGCUGGGCGCCGUACUAUGGCUUCACCCUGCUCCGCGACUUCUACCCGACCCUCAUUUCCAGGGACAGGAACUCCCUGGUGGCCUUCUACAUCAUCGAGUGCAUCACCAUGAGCAACGGCAUCAUCAACACCCUCUGCUUUGUGAGCUUUCGAAACAACACCAAAUGCCUGCGGAGAGUGAGCAGGUUGCCGGUGAGGUCGGUGACCUUUGUCAUCAGCAAGAAGAAGUCAAUGGAUGAAGGAGACGUGCGCACUUCAUCCCUCCGAGUGACAGAGGAGGUGGAGAGAGCUCGGCUGAGAUAG